AAGUAAGAACGACGUGAAACGUCAUAACAACAUCAACAAACGACGCUUCGAAGUUUUGCUUCCAGAGGCCCAUGAUUAUACAAUGUUUGUGUACUGACCAUUAGUAUUCGCUUAUACUGUGACUGUUACGGAAAGUUCUGGCUAUGUCAGAAGAAGAAAUGGGUGUGCCAGUUGAGAAAAAUAUGCUUGAGGAUGUUGAGAUGAAAGAUGAAGUUGACAGUGAUGGUUCCUGUGAGUUUGACACAUCGGAUGAUGAUCAGCCAUUCAACACUUCACCCUUAAAAAUUGAUUGGUUAGACCUAUCUCCACAUGGUUUACCAGGCCAGCUUGGAAUCAGUGAUGUACCAGGAUGUCGUUUUGGUGAAGUGUGGAGAAAGCUCAAACCUGAUAUUGAUGAUCUGAAACAGCUUGGUAUCACCGACACGCUUCUGUUGUGCACCGAGGCUGAGCUGACCAGAUACCGAGUGCCACAGCUACUCUCGGAGUACGCCAUGGCACAGUUCAGCACCCACCACUUCCCCAUUGAAGACGGGGCAAACCUGGAAAUCACAAACAUCUUAGAAACACUGCAAACUCUCAGAGAUGCUCUUACUGCUGGGAAAAAGGUUUUAAUGCAGUGUUACGGAGGGCUAGGAAGAUCUUGCCUCGUCGCUUCAUGCCUCCUGCUUCAGUUGGAUCCCGGGAUGGAUUCAGAGACUGCCAUCCAGAGAGUGCGGGAGCUGAGGGGUCAUAAGGCCAUUGAGACGGUCAAGCAAUAUAACUUCAUCAACGACUUCCGCAAGCUUGCAGAGGAUUGUCAAGAAGCUAUGCAAGCAGCUCCAGAACAACGAUCAGUCUCAAGAUAAAAGGGCUGAAUGUCGCCAAAGAAUCAUGAUUGAACCCCAACAGAUGUGAUAAAAGCUAAAUUCUGCUUCAAUCGUUGGAAAUUGAGUGAUAUCCAGAAAAGCUUAAGGAACACGGUGAAUGUGUUUUGUGGAAUUGUGAGAAUUUGUCUAUUUUUAUAUGCCUUGUGAAGAAAAGUUUGAACAUACAUGCACCCUGUAAUGUGUGACUGAUUUAAUCAUUCCCAAUCAUGUCCAACUAUUUCAUUCAUGAUUGAUUGUACAUGUGUUGUUGAAACUAGAGUAAAUUUUAUAUACUAAUUUGAAAAAAAAUCAACUGGGGUGGACCAACCUUCUCUGAACUUUUUGAUAGAGAGUCACAAGCUCUAUAUUUGAUAUUUUUCAAUAAACAGUAUUUGGACAAGCUAUAUUUUUUAUAUUAACCAGAGAUUUUUUGUGUUCAAAGAAUAUAGACCAACCAAUCAGAAUGCAGCUCUAGUUCUGUAUUUCUAAUUUUUUUUUUUUUGUGUUACCAAAAUUAAGGGGUAUUUCGCCUACUUCAGGAGUAUAUACCAGUAUAUGUAUUCUUUAAUUUGACAAAUCCCUGAUUUAUUUAAUAAAAUUUAUGCAGGAAAAUAGGAAAUAUUUAAUGUUGGUAAUGGCAUUGUUUCCGCUAGAACCUGUGCAUGGAGGGUAAAUACGUGUUCUGCUGAGAAAGGCACAUAUAUAAACUUGUGUGUUAUGAAUUCAUUGAAGUGAUGAAAUAACAAACACAACCCAUCUACGCUGUCCACAAUAUUGCAAGGUCAAGCAGUAUGGCAAAUAAAGUCAUGCGCUAACUGCAGGGACCAUUUUGUUUCAAAUAGAUAUUUAAUUCAAUACCAUUAAGAU